GCUCGCCAUGCUGCUGUCCUUCCAGCAGGCGCUGCUGGUCCUGCUUCUGCCCACACUCCUGGCACAGGGACAAGCCAGGCAGAGGGAGUGCCCCCAGAGCCCCAACACCACCAAGCCUGCCUUCCUGAGGCUCUCGGAUUGCCUGCUGACCAACUACACGAAGGGCGUGAGGCCUGUGAGGGACUGGAGGAAGCCGACCACCGUGUUUAUUGACGUCAUCGUCUAUGCCAUCCUCAGCGUGGACGAGAAGAAUCAGGUGUUGACCACCUACAUCUGGUACCGGCAGUGCUGGAUUGAUGAGUUUCUGCAGUGGAACCCCGAGGACUUUGACAAUGUCACCAAGUUGUCCAUCCCCACUGACAGCAUCUGGGUCCCGGAUAUUCUCAUCAAUGAGUUUGUGGAUGUGGGGAAGUCUCCAAAUAUCCCGUACGUGUACGUGCAGCAAGAUGGUAGUGUCCACAACUAUAAGCCCCUCCAGGUGGUGACCUCCUGCAGCCUCGACAUCUACAACUUCCCCUUCGACGUUCAGAAUUGCUCCCUGACCUUCACCAGCUGGCUGCACACCAUCAAAGACAUCAACAUGUCCCUGUGGCGCAAACCGGAGAAGGUGAAGUAUGACCGGAGUGUCUUCAUGAACCAGGGCGAGUGGGAGCUCUUGGGGGUCCUGACGCAGUUCCAGGAGUUCAGCAUCGAAGGCAGCGAGUGCUACGCUGAAAUGAAGUUCUAUGUGGUCAUCCGCCGGCGGCCCCUCUUCUAUGCGGUCAGCCUCCUUCUGCCCAGCAUCUUCCUCAUGGUCAUGGACAUCGUGGGCUUCUACCUGCCCCCGGACAGCGGAGAAAGGGUCUCCUUCAAGAUCACACUCCUCCUGGGCUACUCCGUCUUCCUGAUCAUUGUGUCAGACACCUUGCCAGCCACAGCCAUCGGCACGCCCCUCAUCGGUGUCUACUUCGUCGUGUGCAUGGCUCUGCUGGUGAUAAGCUUGGCUGAGACCAUCUUCAUUGUGCGGCUAGUGCACAAGCAAGACCUGCAGCAGCCGGUGCCCGCCUGGCUGCGGCGCCUGGUUCUGGAGAGGAUCACGGUGCUGCUCUGCCUGGGGGACCAGGCCGCUUCCCCACGGCUCUCCGCCUCCAAUCAAGCCCCCAACAUCAAUGACUGCUCAGCCAUGGGAAACCACUGCAGCCACCCAGGAGGACCCCAGGACUUUGACAAGUCCCCGAGGGACAGAGGCAGCCCUCCCCCACCACCCAGGGAGGCCUCGCUGGCCGUUCGGGGGCUGCUGCACGAGCUGUCCACCAUCCGCCACUUUCUGGAGAAGCGGGAUGAGAGCCGAGAGGUGGCCCGGGACUGGCUGCGCGUGGGCUCUGUGCUAGACAGGCUGCUCUUCCGCAUCUACCUGCUGGCCGUGCUGGCCUACAGCAUCACGCUGGUCACACUCUGGUCCAUCUGGCAGUAUUCCUGAGUGGGCACAGCCCAGGAGGAGGUAGGUGUGGGGCUGGCUAGGAUGGUGUGCAGGACUUCUGCUCAGGUCCUUCAGGGUCCGGGGGACACUAGGGACAUUU